AUGUUCGCCAGGGACGCCAAUGGACACACUGUCCAGCUCCUCAACGAUGAUGAGCCUCAAAAAGCCCCCCAGGUCCAAUACCAGCCGAUGCCUUACCGUGCGCCAUCCAGCUUUGGACAACCUUAUCAUCCCACCUUGACCAGGAGUCUCUCGUCGUCGCCAAACACCCCAGAGCUGCUUCGAUCCGACUCCUAUGACUCUCAGAUGAGCAACGAGCCCAUCUCUCCCAUGACCCCCAUCUAUGACUAUAGCCGGGGAUACCCUAUCGAUACUCGGCACUAUGAGGACCACUCGGACGCACACAGCUACAUCGGUGCCAAGAGGCCGCGCACCAUGAGCGACAGCAGAUCCAUGUCUUAUGAGGACGAUGCCGCGAGCCCGGCUGCCACCGAAAGGACCGGCAAGAGGUAUCCGUGCAGGUAUCGGGACAGCCACGGCUGCGAGAAGACUUUCACCACGUCUGGCCACGCCUCGAGGCAUUCCAAGAUCCACACUGCCGAAAAGGCGGUCCCCUGCUCCUUCCAAGGUUGCACCAAGAAGUUCACACGGGCCGACAACAUGAAGCAGCAUUUGGAAACACACUACAAGGACAAGUCGCGCUCAUCUACCCGGCCAUCUCUGGCUGGCGAGCGCAAGUCUUCCUCCUCCGGAAAGUCCUCCCGAUCCAAGUCAACAACUUCAGUAACGACCGUCGCCAGUGCCGCUAGCCCAGCCGCACUACCACUCACACCUGGGGUUGGCAGUGCCUGGGACAUGCGUGGACUCAACCUCCCUCUUCUGAGCCCUUCGAUCGGCGUGCCAACACCGAGUAGCGGGCUGGACGCUCUAGCUAUGGCAGUCGCCUGCCAAGAAGGGUCUUCUUAG